CCCGAGCUUUAACUGUGUCCCCCAUCACUCUCCCAUCCUCUCGCACUCCCACGCCCGCCGCCGCCGCCGCCGCCGCCGCAGAUCUCCCUCCUCCAUGGACUACGAGCGCAUCGAGAAGCCGUCGUUCCCCACGCAGGGCGGGGGCUUCUCGCCGAAGCGGCUGCGCGCGAUGCUGCUGGGCGUGGAGAGGCGCCGCAAGGACGCCGGCGCCGGGGACGACGACGGCGGGGAGCCGGAGCUGGAGGAGGAGUACGGCGCCGUGCCCAUGGCCUCCGUCAGAUCCGACGACGACGCGCGCAGAGGAGGUAGCAUGUGCGAAGAGUACAAGGACGUGGACGUGGUGAGCACCAUGUCGGGAUCUUCGUCCUCACUGGACACCGGGAGCGGACACCGGUCGCGAGACUCCCACCCCAUGGGCUCGAGGUUCAGGGUGCCCGAGGAGGACUCGUGCGAUGCCGAGAGCGUGGCGUCCAACUUCGAGUUCCAUAAGGAGCGAGGGGCCUCCGCUCGGUCUGCGCCCACGGCGGUGGUCGCACCGUUCUCCAAGCCCCCGCCGUCGAAGUGGGAUGAUGCCCAGAAAUGGAUCGCCAGCCCGACGACGAACCGUCCUGGUAGGGCCGGUGGAGCUUUCCCAAGGAAGAUGGAGAAAACUGGCUUUGGUGGAGGAAGGCUGCCGGCGACGAAGGUUGUGCUGGAGGCCAUGGAGGAAAUAGAUACCAAGAGGAUCGAUCCGAGCCAAGAGAAGAGGGAGAUUGGGUGGCAGAAAGCGGCGAACUGGGCCACGCCGGAUCCCUAUUCAGAAGUGGAGCCUUGCUCAAAGUCUGCACCUGGUGCAGAAAGUACCAUAAUUGAUUCAGCUGUUACUUUGAGCUGUGAUUCAUCUACCACGCUUCAGAGUGCCACUGCAUGCAUACCUCCCCCACCAACAGUCCGGUCAGUAUCGAUGAGGGAUAUGGGUACUGAAAUGACCCCAAUUGCAAGCCAAGAACCAUCCCGGACAGGAACGCCUGUGAGAGCAACAAGCCCGGAUUGCUCUCGGCCAACUACUCCACGAAGGACAUUGGGUAUCAAUGCACCUGGCGCUGUUAUCAACCGCGGUGAAUGUAGCAAUGCAGAUUUAAGCGAAGAGGAGUUGCAAAUGAAGACCAGGAGAGAGAUAAUGCUUCUUGGCACCCAGCUAGGUAAAACCAGCAUUGCGGCAUGGGCAAGUAAGAAGGAAGAGGAAAAAGACGCAUCACUUUCUCUCAAGACAGUGUCAUCAGACCAAUCUGCACAAAAUGCAACCGAAGUCCGUGCAGCUGCCUGGGAGGAGGCAGAGAAGGCCAAAUACUUAGCAAGGUUUAAACGAGAAGAGAUCAAGAUUCAUGCAUGGGAAGAUCACCAGAAAGCCAAAAUUGAAGCAGAAAUGAGAAAAAUUGAGGUCGAGGUGGAGAGGAUGCGAGCCCGUGCGCAGGACAAGCUGAUGAGCAAGCUCGCGUCCACGAGGCACACCGCGGACGAGCAGCGAGCUGCCGCCGAAUUGAAGAGGGACCGCAGCGCCGCGAGGACGGCGGAGCAGGCAGAGCACAUCAGGAGAACCGGGCGGAUGCCGCCCUCGCUCGGCUGCUGGAACUGGUGCUCUUAGUUGCAGGCCUGGAAAAACCCAGCAUGUGUUGCUCCUCUCAACUAGUGAAGGAAAUGGAUCUGGCACCGUAGAAUCUUCUUCUCUUUUGAUUGGUUCAGUAGAUAUGUGACGCGAGGACAGAUCACAAGUUGUAACUAUGUAUGUAUGUGUAAGAUGCGAGCUUUCGUGCCUUCCA